AUGCUUCACGUACAACUUACGGUGGUAACCGCAGCUUUGGCGCUCGUGGUUACCAUUCUGUUCUUCUUUCUCUUCCACCGCGGUCAAAUACCACAAUCGUCGCACAGUUCACAAGCCGAUCGCUCAACUACAAGGCAUUCGAUGCGUCGUGAGCUUGGGCUCGUUCAAAUUUAUCCCAAACAAGGCGAAGAGACUGAGACCGACGUCGACAUCAUUGCAAUCCAUGGCCUGGAUACAAGAUCGCCGGAUACAUGGACAUAG